AAAUCCAGGUAAAAUAGAACAGGUUUUGCUAUCGCAAACCUGUAAUGACUGCCGGAAAGUUCAAUAUAUUUCAGCGCCAAUGGAACCAGCCUGAACACAUGUAAAGUUUACUUGUAAAGUACGCGUUUUAAAAGUACACAUGGCCUUAAGCAUGGUCGGUAUUUCUAAAUCUUUGUACAUAACAAGGUCCAGAUGCAACACACGAGCCUAUCCUUUUACGUCUCGGCUAUGACGCUGUGGGCUAUGAUUAAGAACCCGGAAGUAGGAGAAAGUGCUUGGAGUUGGGGCAAAAGUUGGGCCAAAAUUCGAAGAAGUCAGGGGUAAUACGUUAUCGGUAAAAACGCUUUGACGUCAAAUGGCCGAUCAGAGACCAAAUACCAGCACACACGUACACCCGUGUGCUAACACGAGCCGUAAUCACCUAGGAGAGAUCGGCAUUGUUCCACACCUUUGCGUAGGAGGCGGGUUAGGUUCCUUAUCUUUGUUUUCGUAGUGACGUCGGCCGGAAGUCGGGACAGGGCGAAGGGGGUUGGGCAGCCGGCGAAGCCCAAAUCUGGUCAGUUCCUCUCCGUGGGUGAUGGUGUAGUAGAUACACAAAGAUGUCGUCUGUGAGCUGUCCCGCCUUUCGUCAUUCUCUGACAACCACUGCGAACGGACGACAACGACAGUCGAGAAUAUACCUCACAGGGUGGAAACUAGAACAUCUUAUAUUCUUCACAUGUUUACUGGUUGUAGCUUUUAUGCCUGCUACGGUCAAGGCUGCAAAUACAUGCAAGGAAUGGGAGUAUCUUGACGGAGGACGAUGUAAAAUUUGUCCUAACCGGCGCUGUGAGGCCGGACAGAGACUAGUGAGACCGUGCGGGUCCGGGCAGGAUAUGGUGUGCGAAGACUGUAGCCCUCUAGCGGAGGGAUACACCUGUGUGAACGGUGUGGAGCAGACCUGUGUGUUGUGUGACGUCCAGGGAAAGAAAACCGUCAGACCUUGCAACAGGUUUUCACAAACAGUUUGCGGUGGAUGUUUAGAAGGGUACUUUGCGGUAGCUACUACGAAUAAUAAAGUACACUGCCUUCACUGUGACGAGGACAGGGCAAACAACUCCGACUGCCCGGUGAAGGUCGAGGUCAAGAAAGAAACCCCAGCUCCUGAAACAGCAGAGGAGGUGUCACGGAAGCAAACCCAUCAUCUGGACUCGACUGCAACUUACGCCAUGGUAGCGGGGAGCCUGGCGUUUGGGGCUGUCAUGCUCCUGCUACUCGUCACAGUCGUUCUGUCCGCUAGAUACGGUCUGGGACAAAAGAUCAAGGAUAAGCUGAAAAGGCGAAACAACCCACAACUGUCAAACAGCCUUGACCCAGAGACUGGCUCAGGCACGUGUAUAAGUAAGAACGGUGCACAUGAGAUGACCCGUGAAACCUCUGGGCCCAGCAGCGGUGAGAGCCGCCGUGAAGAUAAUGUUGGGUAUCACCAGGAAUACUUGGUUGCACAGCCAGCUUCUGCAAGCGUUCGUGCAACACCAGAUUUCCCGUGGCCAGUACCCGACAGCAGCAAUGCGAACCAGAAGUUGGUGGACAAGUCAGAGACGCCGGAAGAACCGCAAGGCACGUCCUCUCCCUUCAACGUCACGGAAGACGAGGAAGGGAGGGAAGGGGAGGUCUUUGUCUUCCCCGAAAUCACCCGGACGGUUUCCGAGAGCUCGGAGGGUCCCCCAUCGUCACCUGUUGUUGUUUUAGCAGGUCAGACAGCCCAAGUCCAUAAAAGCACCAAGAAGACACGUGGUAGCAAUCAGACAGCCAAUCUUUACAAGACGAAACUUGCAAAAUACCUCCAACGUGCACACGGUACGUAUACAGAGUUUCUUAUUCUCCUGACACAGUGUUAAUCUACUAAUACUUUAGUGAUUGGUAUAGAUAUAUAUUUAAAUAUAUGCAAUUAUCCUACAUAUCUUACGAAGUUUCUAUUAGUUCGGAUUCAUCUUUCAUAACAUUAUUGCUAACUGCUACGACUUGCCCGUACAACUGCAAGAAAAUGAUACUAAACUGUGUGUUUCCUUUUCAUGUAUGUUACAGAGAUACCAUUGAGAGACGAAUGGUUCAACUAUGACCGACAGCAGCACCUAUCCGCCCAGCUGGACCGAAUACCCCCUGCAGCCUCCUUACCCAACUGGAGGACAUUCUUCGAGACUCUAGGCCACUUGGAGAAGCUAGAAAUGGACUCUAUGAACAAUCCUAGGGUAGACAGUCCGACUCUUGCUCUGUUUAAGGUCUUAGAAACUCGAAAUGUCGAGAACAUGUUAACUGUCGGGCACGUUCUAGAGGCUCUAGUUAAGACUAAGUUUGCGGGACUUGUAGACUAUCUGUGUGAAGAGAUCAGAAACACACCUGACUUUAGUGAAUCAAGUGAGGUUUAGUUGAUGAAGGGAAAGUAUUAGCGAGGUAACUAGAGUAAUGUAGGUAAACUUUUGUACAAAAGCCAUAGGCCAUUAUGUUGCCAUGUAGGAACAUCUGGAACUGGGAUCUGGAACGAGGAUUGGUAGGGUAACAAUUACAGUAUUAUGUGUGCUAUACGAUCAAGCAUGACUUUAUAUAAACAUCAGUGUUACUGUGACUUGCAAAGCCAUCAGAUGACAAAGCAAGUAAUUUUCUAUGAUACUGCGACUUUUAUACUGCGAGUUUAGAGGAUGAUGUUGACUUCUUUUAGCCUGUUUUGUGGGUCAAUGUAAUUUGCGAUUGUGUGAGCCUCUGAGGCGUUGCUUUUACUUAUCUUUGCACAAUGCAGGAGAUCCAAAUGUACAGUGUACAG